CUUACACUGAUUUUUAUCACAACUACGCUAGUGCACUGAAAUAUUAUUUUCACAGGCCACACGUCAUCCCGUCGAUUACGACGUUUGACGAUACGUCAAUUUAUCAUUUGAUCGUUUCGAUUCGGUGGGGACGUAUUUACUUGGAACGUCCAAUCGCAGCGUACCUUGAUGUAAAACUAGUAAUAACGAUAGAUUUGUUGGGCUUGUAAUAGUAAAUAAUAUUCGCGUCUCACAUAGUCUUACAGUUAGUAGUGGCCAGUGGUUCGUUGUUGACGUUAAUGUGUGUCAUUUGAUUGUUGUCCACGUACUUUUCCGGCAGUUUUCUGUCGGUCAGACAUCCGGGUACCGUAGAAAAAACUGCCGUAGUCAUGGACAAAGCUUCGAAAAAACUGCUCCGCAAAGUGAUCGUCGAUAUCCUGUGCCUGAGUUUAGGUAAGAGAAAAUAAUACCAAAUUAAUAGUUUAGAAAAAAUCUACCUAACCGUGUCCGGUAAGAGUCGAUCGUUAUAAUAUUAUUGAUAAAACGUAUUCAAUUGUUAGUUUAACUUUACAAAUAUUCGUUUGUACAGGUGAUAAUUACUAUAUUAAUUUGAAUAAUUAUUAUUAAUUGCAUAAUUAUAACAUACAAUUAUUAUCUUAAUAGUCAUAAGAAGGUAUUUUCACCGUUUUUAGUCCACAGGAGCCAAAUGAUUAUAUGGGUAACCCUUAGUAUGAAAUUCAAAAUGUAACAAUAAAAUACUUUAUUUUUAGGUGUAUAAUAAUUAAUAACGUUAUACAAAUAGUAGUAUGUUCUUGGUUAAAUAGGCACCUAACCUACAUAGUUUAAUUGUGGGUGUUAUUUAAUUAAAAUAUGAGGUUUCUGUAGUUUAUGCGGGCGUAAACGCACGUCAAAUUGGAAAAUAAUUUCAUUGCAUUUCCAAGAGUAAAUAGGUGGGUAGCGAGUACUUUCGUUUAGUUUUAUAAUAGGUAUUUCUGUAUAAGCGGAAAAUUAAGAGGGAGGUUACACGGUUUAUGGAUUCUGGAACCGUGACAAUUUUUAAAACACGUACUGUACGGAAUUUAAACAAAAUAUACUGAUUUACCGUAUCUUCAAUAUGGCAAAAACAGCCGUACCUAUUGGCGAUGAACAAAAAACCGUUCGAACCAUUCUUAAUACCGACAUAAGUUUGCUACUCGGUUGCCCCGCAAACUUAGCAAAUUAUCACCCGCCUAUGUAGCUCUACGUAUGGCAUUUUGGUGAAAUUUGACGACGUACCUUUGUACCGAGAACCACGUACUACGAAAUCGCAUGUGCCUGAGGGUGGUUUUAUUUCCCAGCGAUGUAUAAAUACCAAUGAUCUGUAAGUAGCUGAUAAUAAUAUUAUAUAGGUACCGGCUAGGGGCCGGUAGGGGUAGAAGUGAAACUCGUGGAUUACUGGUAAUGGUUAUUAUAAAAAAAAACGUAUCUCAUCUUUGUAAUAUUAUAUACCUAGGCAAUAGUUUUUACGAAAAAAUACAAUUAUCGUAUAUUUAAUUCUCGCGCCCCCUACACCAUUACCACCACCACCUAACCGCCCAUCCGCGACGUGUCGUUAUAUUUUACAAAAAUAAAGUUCCGCCCUGAAGGAAAUAUGUGCCUAGGUAGGUAGUUGUCGACCCGGCGGAUGAUAAUAAUUAAUUGUAAUUAUAUAUCAUUGUACUCGCUUCAAUGUAGUUAUGCGUGCAUUUUUAUGCAUGUGAAAUAGUAUACAAGCGAGUAUUAUAAGAACCUACUUUUCUCACUGCGCGACGGCCAGUUAAUUUUCCCACGUCCACAAAGUGAGAUACAAUACGUUGUUUUUUGUUUUUUGUUUUUUUUCUAUAAAAUACGACCCUUCGUCAGUUUCGCCGACGUAAGUAUAGCUGGUGCGUCUAUACGGCGCGGACAUUUAGCUAACACGUCUUGAGCGAAUUUUCGUUCGUCCGUUUCCUACGUGCCGGCCUCCGCCGCUGGACCGCCCGGCCGAUCGAGCGCGAAUAAUAAUAGAUAAUAUUAUUCAGUUAAAUUCAGUUUGAGAUUAACAUGCGUGUUCGUGUACAUUAUAAUAAAUAAUAGCACAGUAGUAACGUUUCAGUCAUCGCACCAAUAUACGUCGGUGAUUCAUAAUAAUUGUAUGUCGUUUUGUAGCGCCCGAAGGUUGGCAUGUCUAGUCCUAACGGUUUGGUUAUACAGGCACCUACCCAGGUAUUGUAAAAUGCGAAGUACUAAUGCAUACCUACUAUUGGAAUUUUUUGUGUUACUUGUGAACUAAGUUUACAUCUAUUACGUCAUACUAUAAUAAUAAUGUGUUUUGCAAUAUUAUAUAUUGCUGAAUGAUGGUGAUAAUAUAUAUUAGGUACCUAUAUUUUUUUUUUUCUAAUACUUAUCUAAUACAUAUAUUUUAAUACGUAACUAUAUAUAGGUAAAAAAAAACCAAUGACAUUCGGACAUCUCAGCAUCCACGAAUUAUAUAUCUUAAAAGACCAGAAAAAAAAAAUAUUAACCACGUGUGUUAUCGCACAUCGACAAACAUUUUUUAUCGGUUUGGUUAGAAUAACAGUAUAUAUUAUAUUUUAAUAUUACAUUCCAUGUCCACACAAUAUCAAUUUCAAUUGCGGAUCCAGGACAAGAUAACGGGGGAAAGAGGUGGGCGGUUUUGAAAAUGCAUAUAAGACACGCAUUUAUGACGAGAUUAAUGAUGAAUUAAGCUAAGACUGUAAUGCAGCUAAAAGUAUAUUGGAGAGUGGAAGAGAGAAGGGGGAAUCGUCCCUUCCCCCGGAUCUGCUACUGUUCAAAUUUAUUAUAUGAUGAAAAUUGUUUAUAAUUAUAUUUUAUUGCCCAAUCAUUUUGAUUUAUAAACGAUUUCGUAUAAAAUAUAAUUAGCGUAAAACAUUUUUUCUUUUAUCUGUUGAUUUAUGUUAUCGUGUAAACUACUUUUCCAUCGAGAAAUCUUACUCCGAUCGUCUUUAAGGUUGAUUAGUGGCAAACAAGUUUUGUAUAGUUGGUAUACAUCGAGUCGGUCAUUUUUUUAUUUUCCUAUUAGUUUUCUUAAUAAUUAGGAAAAACGGGAAAAUUUACUCAAUAACGUUUUUGUUUUGUUUUUAGGAUUUUUUUCUUUAAUUCGAUUAAAAAUAAUCAUAGACACCUAAAAUUAUCUACGUAUAAUUAUAAUUAAUACAUAUUCUAUGAGCGGUAAAAUUGUUAACAUACAUUCUGGCGAUUUUUGAGCUUUUUGUCAAUUGAAAUUGUCUAGUUUUUAGUUUUUUAUUAGUAUGGAUAAAAUUGUUUCGGUCCAACAAAAAUACUCGAUGAACACGAUUGCCAUCAUAAUACUAUGUUUUAUUUACCGUCCGAAAUAAUUAGAAAGUUAGAGGACAUUGCAUCUACUGUCUCAGUCCAACUACUAAGUGGGUAUACAUAGAAAAACAACGCUUACGCAGAAAAAAUAAAACUAGUUCAAUUUUGAUUUUAUUUAUUAUGAAAUGUAUAGAUUAAUAUUUCGGAGGGAAUUUCAUAGGGUUUUUGUAUUAUUCAAUAUAUAAAGAUCGAUAUAAAAAGAUACAAAAACUUUUCAGAUUCCGAGCGUAGCGAAGGAGCUAUUGGUUUUACUAAGAUGUUUAUUUUAUCUUUAUUUUUUUUUUUCAAGCCUAUGGACAUAUUUUUUUUUUUUACGUAUAGCAACUUUUCGAAAGCUCAAGUCGUCAAAAUUGUACUUUAGAGAGAUUAUUUUUUGAUUUUCGACGCUAUUUUUUAAAUAAAUGCAUUUACGUGUGAAAAAACGUAGGAAAAUUUACAAUUUCAUUAUUUUAUAAAAACACGAACGACAAUUUCUACCAGAAAAAAAUGAUUUAAUCGAAAACUCAUAAGAUUCCUUUUUUGUCGCCUUUUUGAUUUAUUUUCUUAUGGUAUCGUUGCCAAAACUUUUGAGCCACUUUUGAGCUUUUAAGGAAUUUUAAUGUUUGGAAAUUUGUUUGAUAAAAUUCGGUUAUAAAUACACGUAGAGACUUGAAACUUGGUAAUAAUACUUAUAUUGGACUUAGCUAGACGUAGUAAAAUUUCCAAAAUCAUUGAACAACUUUUUUUUUCUUUUUAAUAAGCGUUUUGAAAUCAAAUUUAAACAAAAAUCACAAAAAUAUGACGGCACUUCAAAUUAUAUAUUACCGAACUACGCUCGGAAUCGUCUUUCGUCAGCAAUGAAUAUCGUUGCUUAGAGAUAUAAAUAAAAUAACUUUAUGUAUCCUACCUUCCCAACUUCUUAUCUACAACAGUGGCCGCUCCCAUGUCCAAUAUCAGUUCUUAUUUUUUAUUUUUUUUAAAUAAUUGCAACUUUUUAAUAUUUCUUUAUUAAAAAAAAAAACCUAUAGCAUUCCCUGCAAAAUAUUAUUCUCUAUAAAUUGUAUAAUAGGUACUUUUACUCUAAAAUCAAAAUUAAGCUAGUUUUAUUUAUUCUGUGUAUACUGAGAUAGUAGAUGUGGAUAUAACGUCCUAUUAAGUGUAAUAUAAUUACUUUUACAAUUAUGUUUAUUUUUUUUACCUGUGGACAACUUUCCUACCUAUAAUUUUGCUCCAAUUUACAAUAAUAGCACUUUUAAAAGGAAAUCUGACUGAGGUAGUACAAUAUAAAUAUAUUUUAAUUUUCCUAGAAGUUUUCCCAAUAAAUGAGAAGAACAGGGAAAAACCGUAGGAAAAUAAGUGCAAUAUUAAACAAAUAUCAAAGAAAAUAUGUUUAAUGCAUAUUGUGUAAUUAUUUUACCAUGAUUUGACAUAUAUAUUGUUGACAAAGCAAUUCUAUAUCAACCGAACUCCGUUGAAUAGGUUCGUUUUUUGAAAUGUGAUUUUUAAACGAUUUUUGUCAAAACUUGAACUUGAAAUGCUUACAUAUUCUUGUAUAUACGUACAUUUUCCUGUUUUUCUUACUAUUUUCCCCCAAUUGUUAUAAAAACUAUAUGACCAGUCAAAAAAUGGUCUCCCUUAAGUACCAUUCAAUUCAAAUUUUCUUAUAAAAAAGAAGUAUACUUGAAAAUCAAAACGAUAUUUUUGGUUAAAAAUAUUGUUCACAAAUAUAAAAAAAAACAAUAAUUAUAAAACCAAUACAUUCCUCGUUACGCUUUAUACGGAUUAAAGGGGUCUAAGCCAAAAUAACGAAACAAAUAACCGUAAAUUAAUAAUAGCGAAUUUUAAAAUAAUCGAUCAUGCAUAAUAGCGAAUAUCAUCAGAAUAGACGAAAAUAUGAAUAAUAUAUAAUAUGGUGAACUAAACAUUUGGUUGUAUUUAUGGAAGAAUCAUUGAUAUAUUAUGAUAUAUGAUAUAGUCCAUAUAAUCUAAUGAUUUUAUUCAACAGUAAACAACUAUUAUCGGCAGGUAUGUAAACAAAUAUUAUUCUAUAAAUAGAUUGCACUUUGAAGUUAAGACAACACAUAAUUUUUAAGACAAAAAAAAAAUAAAAAAAUUAUAAAAAUCUACAUAAUACGUAUAAUUCAAUAAUGAAAUAUAAAAUCGUGUGAUUAAUUUUCUAAGAUUAUAAAAUUGGUAGGCAUUUAUGUAGUUUUAUAAAAACUAUUAAUAACAUCGUUCUAAAAGUUCAUUUUGAUGCUUAUAAAUAAUACUACAUUACGCUCAAAUUUAAGUGCCUAUAAUUAACACAAAAAUCAUCUAAACGUGUUCAAAAUUUUACCAGGCACUUUAGAAAAAAUUAAUUUAAGUAUUCUAUAAAAAAAGAUCUAGGUAUACGAUUAUUUUUAACUGAAUUACAAUAAAAAAUCAAAAUUAAAAAAUGUGAAAUCGUCAUUUUCGUUUUUUCCUGUGUUCCAUUAUUAUUUUUUAAAAAAAGGAUAGAAAUAUUAAAAAAUUACAUCUUAAAUACACCAACUAUAUUCAACCAAAAUUCUACAAAAAAGCUUUCUUGUCGAUUGAUUGAAACAAGAUUUCUAUUAUAAAUAAGUAAUUUACGAAUAGAAAAAAAAAGAAGCACACCAAUACAUUCCUCGUUGCUCUCAGAAUCUAAAAUAUGGUGAAUAAUACAGUUUAAUAAAUUAAUGCCAUAUUAGGACGUAAUUAACUAUAUUUUAAUCAUAGUGCAUUAUGAUAAUCAGACUAAUUAAAUAUUUAAAUUUCGAAAUGGAUAAAAAUCAACGAAUAUCACGCCGACUAGAAAUGUUAAUGAGUGAUAUUAACAUUUUUCAAUUUUAUCAAAAUUAAACCUGUUUUACUAAGUGUUGUUUUAAGAGUAUACGGAUUAUUUACCCUGUAAAAAGUAUACAGAUACGCACGUAUACGCUCUUUAAUGCUUCUACAUAUAUAUUUAUAUCUUAAAAUUGAAACACAAAUCUUCGUUGUGGCCUGUACACGACAUGACUGCAUGCGAUUUACUAAAUAAUCAAUCUGUUUUUUGUAUAAUUAUUUAUUAGAUUACAUUAAUCAAUUAUAUAUAAGUAUUUAGUUACAAUUGUGUAACAAAUAAUUAAGUUUGGUUGUUACAACUUAUAGAUAUAAUUCGAUUUUUUUAUGUUUUGUAUUUGAUUUCCUAUCAAAUUAUGCUAGUUUUUUCGCUGGACAAUGUUGUAAGUUCUUCAUUUUUACGAGUUCCAAUUUAAUAGUAAAUAAUUAAUUAAGUUAAAUCUGACUCGUGAAAUAGUUUUUAAUACUUAGGUACAUAAAUAAAACAAUACAAACAUACUUCGCACGCGGGUGGACCACUGUUGUAGGUGAGACGUUGGGAAGUUACUAGAGGGGAAAUUUAAUGUAUAUCUAUAGUCUACACACAACGAUUAAUCAUUGUUAACGAAAAGUAAUUCUGAGCGGAAUUCGGUUAAUAGUGUUGCUUUGUCAACAAUGUAUAUGUCAUACGACGGUAAAAUGAUUACAUAGGCAUUCAUUUUUUUUUUUUGAUAAUAUUUCUUUAAUAUUGUACCUAUUUUCCCGUUUUCCCAUGUUUUUUCUCGGUUUUCCCUAUUUAUUGGGGAAAAUUCUAGGAAAAUCAAAAAAUGACCUCCUAUCUCAUGACUAACCUAGUAAUGAAUAAACUUGGUCUUACGUCUUUAGCAGAUAGAAGAGUUGAAACAAAUUUAGUAUUUUUGGGUAAGAUGGUCAUCUGAAUGUUCCUUCUCUCCUUUCUUUAAGAAAUUUCAGAGUUCCUACUCACUCAAUUAGAUGCUGUUCUUCUUUUUCUGUUCCUUUUCAUUACAAUAACUAUGGUAAAAAUAAUCCCAUCCAUCGUAUGAUGCAUCUGACUAAUGAGCACCUAAGUUUUUCUUAGUUUAUUUUAUUAUAUUAGUUUUUUGGGUCAUUACCGCCACCUAUUUAUUAUUAUUUUGUCUGCCACUAUUGAUUAUGUUGUAUUAUUAUUAUUAUUAUUAUUAUUUUUUUUUUUUUUUACUAUAUUUUAUUAUUUCUAUAUAUUGUCGUAAUUUAAUGUACUUUUAUAUUGUGUUAUUUACUAUUCUAUUAGGCACCUAGCCUGUUUUUUUGUUAUUUAAAACUUUUGCUGUUGUUUUCUACCAUAAAUAUUACUUCAAUAGAAAAACGACAAGAUGCCUUUUUUAUUGUAUUUUGAAUCUUAUUCAUGAAACAGUCAUUUUUUUUUAGAUAGUUUUUGUAAAAAUUGAGAAAAGCCGAAAAAUGCAUAGAAAGUACUGGAAAAUUUACGAAAAUAAUUAUUUUAUUAUACAUUUUGUUGUUAAAUUCUGAGUGUAUCGAAAAAUGUAUUGGUUUUACAAUAAUGUUUACUCUUUCUCUCUUUUUUUUUUAUCUGUGAACAAUUUUUCUACCAGAUUUUCACUCAAUUUCAUAUGUAGAACUUAUUCUGUAAGGAAAUCUGACAGGGGUGGUAAUAUUUGGCUAUUUUGGCUGGUCAUUUGUUUUGAUUUUCCUAGUAGUUUUUAUAUUUACAUAAUAAAUGGGAAAAACGUAGGAAAAAAAAGAAAAUGUACGAAGUGUAUUAUUUUCAAAUCGUAAAUAUUACAACCUUUUGAAACAGGUUGAUACAACCGAACUUCGAUUCAAAUCGUUUUUCGAUAACACUGAUUUAUGUUGGUUACAAGUAUAAAUUAUAUAAUUUAAUAAUUUAAUGUAUCCCACUUUCCUAUCUACAUUCUACCUACAUCAGUGCCCGCACCCGUCCUCAAUUUCAGUUUUUUUUUUCAUUAGUCUGUUUUGAGAUCAAAUUUUGACAAAAAUUGUAAAAAUUACGACAUUUCGUGGUUUUUUUUUUUUGCAAUACAGUAUGAAUUAAUCUUAUAGAUUUAAAAUAUUUACGAAACGCAAAUAUUAAUAUUCUCAGACUUAUGUAAUUUUAUUAAUAUUUUAAAUAUUUUCACGUUAAUUAUUUUAAAUGUUUAAUUUAAAUGAUAAUAUUUAGUUGUGCUUUGUAAAAAUAUUCAUAAAAAUUCCAUACGUUGAUCUUAUAGCUAAAUGAAAAAUUAAUUUGUCCUAGUACCAUAUUUUUUCUAUUAUCAUUUCAAGUUCAAAUUAUUAAUGAAAUACGUUAAAAACUAACGCACCCACUAUUUAUUCUUGUUCAUAUUCUUGUUCUUUGUUAACUCUUGUUGACCCGGUGUCGUCUAGUUCUGCGCAUACUUAUGAUAAUAGUCAUUGGCGUUUAAAUUGUUUAAUUAAUUAUCUAAAAAUAGUUGAUCAGUAAUUUUUAUAGGUUGUAAUCAAAUAUAUUCACAAAUACAGUAAUAAUUUUUAUUACAUUUUUACAGUACAAAAUGAUACUUAUUUGAACUAGUUUAACAAUAGACCAUUUUUUAUUAUUAUUAUUAAAAUAACCAUAGGUAUUUUAAGGUGACAUCACUUUUAAGGCGAUCUAUGGUGUUGUCUUCUCUGGUACCUACAUGAAUUUAUUAUGACAAGUUUCAUACAAUUUUUGUUUAUUAUUUUACAAUCAUCUAUACCAUCUAUUAUUUCAUUUUAGAAAGUCAAAUAGGCAAGGGAUAUGAAUAAUCGGUUCGCCCCUUUCAAAACAAAUUUCCUCAUCCUUCAUUUAUAAUAAUAUAUCUAUAUUAUUAUAACUAUUAUACAAAUACAAGUAUACCUACAGACUAUAGGUAACAAUUUUUCUAUUUAAAAUAUCCAUACUUAUACAAAUUCAAAAUGUAACUAAAUACUUAAGAGAUCUUUUGUUCUUUUUAACAAACGGUAACUUUGACUAAAUACACAAAAUAUAAAAGGAAACAAUCCAACACUCGUCUACACCUCCUCCGCCCAUUAUUAUCCCUUUCUCUGGUUAUAUGAUAUCUGAAUUUGAAGCCAAGCCAAACCUUCUGAUAUAAGACACAUACAGGCUUUACAGUCAAUAUGUCCAAGGGUCGCUCUCACCAAGAUAAACGUUAAUUUUUAAACGGAGUUUAAAAGUAAACAGGCCAAUCGUGGUCAGUUAUCAACUAUAAGCUGGGUUUAAAAAUCAGAUAAACGAAAGCGUUUAUAUUGGAGAGAACGGAUCUUAAUCAAAUAACUGGAACCAUUUAGUAUAUGACCAACAACACACACUUUGCACGAUAUACAAAUUCUUCCAAUUAACGAAGUACCAAACAGACAAUAUAGAAGCAUAAGUCCGUAUGUAGAGAGGGGAGGUUGAAUAUCCCCCCAACAUUUUUAAAGUAGGUAUAUAUUUAUAAUAUAACAAAGAUUAACUAUAAGUUCAUAUAUUAAAAUAUUUUCAAUCGUCGUGCGUCGUAUAUUUAUAAUUGGCGGUAUUCUCGUUUCCUUACCAUAAUCAUGUUGGUAAAAAUAAACGAUAUUAUGAUAGCAUAAAUAAUAAUAAUAUUAUUUCCAUUAUCCGUAAUAUAGGAAACGUACUACACGCCAAGGCCAAGAGCCCACAAUAUUAUACGAUAUCCUGGGGCCAUAGCCCCUCUGCCCCUUCCCUCUUACCCUUAAUCCAGGCCUGGAAACUUCCUUUCCAAACUCUUCUCAAACAAGAAGCCACCAAACUCCCGUAUGUUAUCAAUCACCAUAUUCCCAAUAACCUGCCUAGAAAACUAAAAAGAAAAUGGAAAAAAGACGCUUUUUUCUAAAAAAAAAAAAAAUAUCCAUAGACAAUCGAAAAUAAAAUGUAUCGAUCAAAAGUUUAGACAAAUAAUCACUUCGAUUACACAUAGUUCAAUGUUCUUUUUUUCUAUUCUAUUAAUUAUAGUCAUUUUUUAAUCUUUCCAUUAUGUGUUUCAAAAAAUGUUAUUUUGUUAUUUAAUACUAUCAAGAUGCUUAAUUGUCUAUACAUUAGCUACGUUCGGUAAAAAAGUACACUUUUUAUAAAAAAUACACUACUCAAACUAGUAUCACAAUCAAUUGCGUAGAUGUUGAAUAUACAUUAAUGUUUAAAAUGUAUGUAAAAAAAUGUACACAUUUUGUUAAACGUACAAAAAUAUUGAGUAGGCACUAGCUUAAUAGCACUGAUAUUCCUACCAAUUUCAAAAAUAAUAAAUCACAGGAUUUUAUAUUUCAUUAUUGAAUUGUACGUAUUGUUAGAUUUUUUUAUCUUAAAAAUUAUCUGUUACCUAUACUUCAAUGCGCAAUCUAUUUUUAAAAUAAUAUUUGUUUACAUACCUACCGAUAAUGAGUGUACAACCAAAUGUUUAGUUCAUCAUAUUUUAUUUUACCUAUUCAUAUUUACGUCCAUUCUGAUGAUGUUUCGCUAUUUUGGCCUAGACCCCUUUAUCCGUAUGAAGCGUAACGAGGAAUGGUUUUAUAAUUAUUGUUUUUUUUAACAAUUUUUUUACCAAAAAUCUCGCUUCGAUUUUCAACUACCUUUUCUGUAAGAAAAUUUUAUUUGGGUGGUCCUUUAGGGAGGUAAAUUUUGACUUUCCAUACAGUUUUUAUAUUAUAAUUGGAGGAGAAAGUAAGAAAAACGGUAAAAUGUAAGUACAUAAAAGAAUAUAUUAGCAUAUAAAGUUCAAAUUUUGACGAAAAUCGUGUAACAAUCACGAUAUUUCAAAAAAAAAUUAAUCGGCAAAAUCGUAUACCGUCAAAAAUGAUAUAUCAUUGAGUACAGAUUUAAACUAAAUUCCUCUUAUAUCUUACCUUCCCGAUUUCUCACCUACAACAGUGACCCACCCAUCGUGUGAAAUAUGUCCGUCUUUUUAAUAAUACAUAUUUUAACUGUGAUAAUUGGAAAUCAUCUAUCUGAAUUACAUAGAUAAUCUAUUUUCUAAAUUAUUUUUAUCAUUUUUUCUAUUACAUUAUAAAAUUCUGACUAAACAUUUUGUUUUUUAAAUAGGUAUCUAUAAGAAAACAGAUCCUACCUAUCCACUCUUGAGUUUACUUUCUAUUUUCAUUACAGUUCUUACUGCAAUCAGAGAAUAAUAAAUUAUUAAAUAUUUUAUCUCCUAUAUUUUCCUAUUUACUUAUAAACACUUAUGCCGUAAAAAACCUAUCAGCUAUACUUGUUCAAAAUAUUAUACUAUAGUUUUUUUACUUAUAUAAUCCUCUCAUUUGUUUUGUUUUGCUCUACCGCUAAAGUAAAAUGUUACUGUCCUAUUUUGUAUUAUAUAAUUAUUCCUUACCCAAAUAAACAAUAACAGGUACAGUUGCAUAUAGUUGAUUGUUAUAGAAGAUCUCUGGACUAGUUUUGUUUUAAUAUCCUUUCACAAUUUUAUAUAAGCAUUCUGAUUUCUGAUAUUAAAAUACUGCUCUAAUAUUAAUAUCUAGGUAUGUCUACCCAAAAUCCAAAAUGAUGUACCCAAGUGCAGUAAUAAUUUGUUGUUUCCUGUGAAAUUUCAAUAUAUCUAAGAAAAUCAUAAAAAAAACUGUGAUAAAACAUAUAAUGCAUAAUUUUGGAAAAAUAUAUGAUAUUAUCUAAGACUAAUUUAGUUUUACAAUUAUUGUAAAUACUGCUCAGGAUAUCUCUUAGCGUGAUAAUACCUUGUAAACUAUUAUUAUUAAUAUUUAUGAAGCUAAAUUAGGUGAUAAUAUCUUAUUUUUUGCAUUAAAAACAGAUAAUCAGUUAAUAUAUUUUAAAGAAAAGAAAAGAAAUAAUCUCUAAAAUGUAUAAAGUUUUUCAAAAUAAAAGAGUGAAUAAUAGCAAAUAAUUGACUCUAUUUUAAUUAUGUAUUUAUAUUCGUUUUAUUUAACUAAUUAUUUUUAUUUUUAUUUUUUUUAGUUGGAUUUCCUGUAUUAAUGUUUUAUAUGUUUGGAUCUCCAUAUCAUAGAGGAUUCUUCUGCAGUGAUGAAUCUAUUCGAUAUCCAUUUAAAGAAUCAACAGUUUCAUCUAAAGUUUUAUAUUCAGUUGGAUUGGGACUACCCACUUUAGUAGUAAGUAAUAUCAAAGCUUACCGGAAGUUUAGUUCAUUCGUUUUUUUUUUUAUUAAUAUUAUGAAUACUGUUGUAUUUUCUACAAUAUUAUUAUUUUGAAAUGUAUAGGAUAUUAUAUCCUAUUGAUAUUUUAUUAAUUUUCAAAUAAAUGAUUAAUAUCAAAAUUAAAAUAUGUUAUCAAGGAUAGUAAAUUAACAUAGAGUAGAAAUUUCCAAUCACAUGAGUAUGUAUGUAACAAUUCAUGUUAUUAACCAAGACUACUAUUUAAAUUAUUUAGCAUUAGUUUUUAAGUGGUAAUAAAUAUAUUGCAUUGUUAUAUAUAUAUAUAUAUUAUUAUAUAUACUAUUUAGAACAAACAGAUGAUAACAUUGUCAUUGCAUCAUUUUUAUUACCUAACACAUUUUUAAAAGAAAAAAUUAAUGAAAAUGAAAAUAAGUUUUAAAUACCAGUUUGUUUCAGCUGAUUAAUAUAAGACUAGUUCAUAAUCAUUAUUUAAAAUAAUUAUUAUAUAACAAAAUAGUUAUGCAUCAUAUUCAAUAAUAUAUGUGAUUCAACAGAUUUAUACUAAAGUUGAUCUUAAUCUUCUUGUUAAAAUUUUAUUUCAAAAUAAUAUCUUUAUUAAAUCAAAAUUGUCUACUAGAAUAAAUCAUAAGUAUGAUUAGGAAUUAAUUUAUUUUGACAAUCAUAAUAUUUACGAUAUAUUGUUAUAUUUAUAUAUAUUAUAAAUUAUUUUAGCAUGUUAUUAUUUAAUUAUAUAAUAUAUAUUAAAUAUUAAUGCAUUGAAUCAUCAUUCAAUAAUAUUUAAAGAUAUGUAUUCAAUUAAAGUAUAUAUAUAUAUAUAUUUACAUAUAUUAAAUCACCUAAAACCUAUAUAUUAUUAUUUAUAUUAUUAUGUUUGUAUAAUUUGUGAUAUUAGUUCAAAUUGAUAACAACUAUUUCUAUAUAAUAAAUACAUAUCUUAUAUCUAUUAUAUCAUUUAUAAAUCUGUGUUUAUAAUUUGAUAAUUUAUAUUUAUAUUUUUUAAGAUAUUUAUCUACUGAACAAAACGUCUAGUAACCUAUAUAGUAUUCUUUAAUAGUAUGUGGCUUUUAUUAAUCUAAAUCUCCUUAAUAUGAUUCCAGAUUUUGUUUGUUGAGUAUUCAUUGCAAAAUAAUGAACAAUCACGUUAUUCACUUUUAGGAACAAAUAUUCCAAAUUGGUUGUAUUCAGUGUACAACAAUUUAUUAUGGUUUUUAUUUGGUGCUGCUUGUUCACAACUGACUACUGAUAUUGGCAAAUAUACCAUUGGAAGGUUGAGACCUCAUUUUUUAUAUAUUUGUAAACCUAAUGUUGAAUGUGAUGUUAGUAAAACUGAAUACAUUGAAGAUUUUAAAUGUACUGGAUUCAGAGAAGAAAAAUAUACUGAUAGCAGACUGUCAUUUCCUUCUGGGCAUUCUUCACUAUCAUUUUAUUGUAUGAUUUACUUGGCAGUAAGUGUGCAUUUUUAUUUUAAUAUUUUAAUAAUUUAAUAAUUUUUUUUAUAUAUUUCAUAUUAGUUAUAUUUACAAGCACGGAUUAAGACAUCUAAGUAUGCAAUGGCGAAAAGUUUAUUUCAGUUUUUGGCUAUUUCAAUGGCAGCAUUUUGUGCUUUAUCACGUGUCAGUGACUAUAAACACCACUGGAGUGAUGUAUUAGCUGGAACAAUUUUAGGAAUUACUGCUGCUAUUCUAACUGUAAGCCAAAUGAUAAAUUGUAAUAAUAAUAAAAAAAAUUUUAAACGGGUAAAAUGUAAAGAUUAAAUGUGAUAACCUUUUUAAAAACCACAUUAAACUUUUAUGUAAAUAAUUUAUUUUUAAUAUAAAAUGUUAUCGCCUUAAAAUAAUAUAUUAUGUUUAAUUUAUCUUCUGUUUUAGUCAAAUUUAUAAAUGAAGUUUAUUGAUAUAACAUUAAAUUAGUUUAUUUAUCUAUUCAAUUUUGUUUAAUUUAUGCACCUAUUAUUUUAAAGUACCUGAUGUAUCUGGUAAAAUAAGAUAAAAACUCUUGACUAUUUUAUUAUAUCUUUGAAACUAUAUUUACUUACUUUUUAUAUUAUGUUUAUUACAUAUAUAUUAAACAAAUUAUUUAAAUUUUAAACUUACAGAACUAAGGAUAUAUUUUUUUUUCAAUGGAUUUCCUUAAAUAGUAGUACCUUAUUAUUUCACUUUUAAUUUGAAAAUAAAUAGCAUAUUAAUAUUAACAAUUACAAAAUGCAUCAUAUUUGUAGAAGAAAUAAUGAUAAUAAUUUAACAUUUAUGGAUGACAUUGUUAUAAAAAUGUUUAGAUUCUGAGCAUUAGUUUAACUAUGAUGUGUUUUUUUUAAUUUUUCUGUCUGUAAACAACUUUUCUACCAGAAAUCCUGCUCCAGUCAUCAAGUGUAUCAAAUUGUGUUUAAGUGGUAUAAUUGAGAAAAGUGGGAGAGUGAAGUCAUUUUUUAAUUUUGUUGUAAUUUGGUUAAAAAUAAUCAUAUACACUUUACAUUUUCACAGAAUACUUAUAUAACUUAAAAAUAUUAUUUUAAAAUAGUAAUUCUAAUGUUCUAAUGCACUCAACUAUCAUUGGUUUCUAUGCAAAACCUAAAAAGUGGACUGGCUGUUUGUGGAGAUAAAUGUAAAUGGACUACCUUUGCAUAGAGUGUAGGAUUUUUGUGAAAAAAACUAAUUUCUUGAAUUUCCAACAAUAUAUAAAUAUUUAUUUGAGUGAUAACACAUUUUUAAGGAUAAACAUUUUUUUUUUUUUGUUUAAUAUAAUAUGUCAAAAUGAGAGAAUUUCCUGAGAUUUUAAUACUUUUUUUUGUUUUUUAUUGUAUUUAUAAAUUUUUAUCUGAAAUAUUAUGGCUCAUAUAUUCAUUUGUAUAAUACUGUAUUAAUAAUAUCAUAACCAUUCAAUUUUAAUAAUUAAAAUGAACAAAUUAAACAAGAAUAUCCAUUUGUAUUUGUAAAUUAUUUUAUUCGAUAAUAGUUUAUUUUUCUAAUAAAAUUGAAACUAAAUAAUAAUAUUAAACUUAUAUUAUUUCAAUAAGAAAUAAUUAAAGUAUCUUCAUUUAUAUAAUGAUUAAAAUGUCAUAUAACAGUCUUUUUAUGACACUAUGCUGUCAUAAAAAGAUGCAUUUGAUUUUAUUAUUAUAUAACAUUAUGUUAUGGUGAUCUCUGCGAUAAACUUAAGACUUGGGAUAUGUUCUUAAUAAUAUUGUGUACAAUAGAUAUAUAAAACACAACACAAAUAACAUAAAUGGCAAAUUUAUAUUAAUAAAUUAAUAAUAAAUCUAAAUGUUAAUAUUGACGAAUUCUAGAUAUACAAUUGUCACGAAUCAAUAAAACAGACUAAUGUUUCAAAACAUAUGAAUUAUGAAGUAUGCAAGUCUUCAAUCAAUACCCAUAAUUAAAGUGACUGAUUUGUUCAUGUCCAAUAACUUGUUUAAUACUCUGAAAGAAUUAUUUAAUAACUAAAAAAUUUUAAGUAUAACUCAAAAUUUAAAUAACUUCUGUGUUUUAUUUUUAAACUUAAAAUAAUAAUGAAUAUAUGAACGGUUGUAAUAUUACAUUAAAAAUUAUAAAAAUCAUAAAUUUAUAUAAUUUCUAGAAAUAUUAAACAUACUAUUUGUACAUAAAUAUAUAAUAACUAUGCAAUUAUAACGUCUCACUGGUGUUCGUUCUUUUUUUUUCUAACUAUGCAAAUGUAUAAAACUUUAUAUAUUCAAUUUUGAAUUUAAAAAGUUCAGACAUCUUGAGACUUAUACUUAAUGUUAUAUACAAGGUGAGUCACUGUGUUUCCAAACUCCUUAUAUUAGCUAUUUUAUAAAGAAAAACAUGUUGACUCACCUACUAUCUAUUUACUUAGUGUAUUCAUUACACAUAAACUUAAUGUUUUAGGCAUUAUAUGUUUCGGAUUUAUAUACUACAAAAUAUAAAUCUCUUCAAAAACAUAAUUCUUCAACUGAAGACAUCGAAAAUACAAAUAAUUUACAAACAACAGAACUCAAAUAAAUACACGUAUACUAUUCCAUAUACCACUACUGCUUCCAGACUGCAUUUAAUUGUAUGAAUAUUCUUAAAUUGUUCGUUUAUAAAUUGACCAAAAUAAAUUAUUUUCAAAAUUCCAUAAUAUAUAUUUAUCGAUUAAUUAAAAAAAAAAAUAAACAAUACUAUGUAUAAACAAGUUAAUCAUAAAUUUAUAUAUAUAAUUGUUUUUUUAAAUCAAACUUUGAUUUAAUAAAACAUUUUAUGGGAUAUUAUUAAUUUGUUUAUACAUUCUUUCUAUUUUUUUUUUUUUUUAAUUAUUAAAUAUAUACAGUCCAUUACAAGUUAAAUUAUUUUGAAAGAUAAUACUAUAAUUUAAUAUAAUCAUUUGCUGUACAUAAUACAUUUCUCAGUUGCAUAUUUCAAAUGUUUUUAUAUUAAAUUAUUUAUCCAAGACAUGCAUAUUAACUCAUUAAUGCAUUAUGACUAUGUGAAGUAAUUACCAUAGUAAUUACAAUACUUGGUCCCAAGGAAGAAGGGCUUAAGUUAGCUUUGAAUACAAACAAAUAGAAUUUUCAAAAUAAAUACAUCUAUGCAAUUAUGACUAAAAAAUAAAAAUAAAAACAAAUUAUAUUAGACAAAAAAACUUUUAAAAAAUGUCAAAAAUUAUUCAAAGCCCUUUUUCCCUGGGACCAAAAAAUUAUUAACGUAUCUUUGUAAAAGAGAGUAUUCCUUAUAUAAAUACAAUUCACGAAAUUGUGCAGCUACAUUAAGCACUAUUUUUAAAUUAAAUUUAGCAUUAGGAUAUUUAUUUACUAACUCAUAUUUGGUUUUGGGUAUUUAUUUUAUAUUGAUAAUUUUUUUUUUUUUAAUUCAAUUUAUUAAUUUUUAUGUUUUCACAAUGCACAAACAAUUUCACAAUAUUACAAGUCUUAUUAUAACAUGGUUUGUAUAGUAUAUAUUAUAAGAUAAAAUGUACCUUUUAACAUAAUUUUUAUGUUCCUAACACUGAAAUGUAUACAAUUUUUAAAAAUAUAUUAGAUUAAGAAUUUGUUGAUUUUUUUUUUAUAUAACUUAAUUUAUUUUUAUACUAAAUCUAAUAAUUUUAUUAAAGCAUUGGAAUUGCUUAUUCAAUUAUAUUUUGCAUACACACAGUAUUGUAUUGUUUUUAUUAAUGUUAUGAUUUUAUACUAUUUUAUGUUGAAAUUCUUAAUCUAACCUGACUAACUUACAUAAUGGUUAUUUUAAUAUAUGUUUGAUUUGUUUUACAUUUAAAAUUUGUAUUAUUGUUUUUGUUAAAUUUUUAUUUUUGUACUUAUUUUUUUAAUUUCAUUUAGAUUAAUUAAAUAGGUAGUUUCAAUAAACUUCAAUAUGCCUUU